AUGGCAUUGAAGAAGAAUCGCUUUCUGCGCAUCCCUGCGGUGUUACCUCUACGCACAAAGGGUCUCUACCAAGAGGUUCCCUCCCACGAUCUCGGCAGUGCAACCUCGGGCACCCCAUUUUCAGAUGCAUCGCCGUUUGGCUCGCCGCCCUUUACCCCCAUAUCCUGGCGCGGGCCCAAGUCGAGGUGGCGUAAGGGACUGCGACGACUUACCGUGAGGAGGGCGUUUGGCUUCAGUGCUGCGCUGGCUUUGAUCGUAUUCCUUAUUGUCAACGGGGUCCAGAGACGGUCGCGACGGAUAGAAAGAGAAGAAGCCGAGGAAAGGGAGAAGAAUCGACCCAAAUACCAUUGGGAACACUUUCCAAGACUCAACGGCUACUACAAUGGAGUUCGCUCACUCAUCAAGCUCUCGCGCUGGCUCCCCGAACAGGAAGCCAAUAGCCAAACCAACAUCACCAUCCACGAUCAUGUCCCCAUGAAUCCUGUCAUGGCCGAUCCUUACCACUUCAGCUCCGCCAAGUACCUCGAAGAUCACCACCCCGUAAACCCCUGCUACUUGGACGAUGCCAACCAGAUUCCCGCCCCCGAGGUCUUCGCCUUCCCCGGCGUCCCCGACAACAUGACAGAGCCAUACUGGGGAUCAUACGACGAAAUCAAUGUCACCCCCGACCUUUGCUGGGAGCGCUUCGGACGCCUCGGCCCCUACGGUUACAGCUACACCAAGUCCCAGGGAGGUCUCGAUCUCUCCAAAAACUCGGACUACACGGGCACCGACAAGAUCCUCGAUCUCUUCGACCCCGUCGACUACCGGGUUGUGGACUGGGGCAAGGCGCAGAAGACAUGUUUCGAGAAGAACAAACACCGGUUCGAUGCUCCCCCCAAGCCCACGACCAACGAUCAGGCUCCCAAGAAGCAGCAAACACGAACUGCGUAUGUUCUGCGAACUUGGACUGGGUACAGAUACGACGAUAUUCAGCUACUGUCUCUGCGGGCUAUGAUCAAUGAGCUAUCACUCAAGUCCGGCGGCGAGUACGACGUGCAUCUACUGGUCCACGUCAAGGACGAGUCGAUACCCAUCUGGGCUUCCGACGAGAUCUACCAGGAUACGCUCAGAAAACAUGUUCCCAAGGAAUUCUGGGGCAUUGCUACACUGUGGUCUGUUCCACUCAUGAGACUUUACUACCCCGGAUUCACCAGCAAGGAUGAGACAUUCGACAGCCCGUCAGGCGGCGACAUCUACGGCGUCUAUCGCUCGGCCCACUUCCCCCUCCAAUGGUUCUCCCAGCAGCACCAGGAGUAUGACUUUGUCUGGAACUGGGAGAUGGAUGUGAGGUACACAGGCCACUACUACGAAUUUCACAAUGGCGUUGGUGAAUGGGCCGACAGGCAACCCCGUAAGCUCCUCUGGGAACGAAGCCAGCGCUUCUGGAUCCCAGCACUGCAUGGUUCGUUCGAAAACUUCACCAACAUGGUCGAGAAGGAGGUCAAGGAGAGCGGAGAGGCUCCCGUUUGGGGCCCCGUCAAGUUCCCUACAUCCGGCAAGGAACAGAUCCCGUCUCCCAAUGGCACCGAACCACCGACGUCCUUCGACGAGGACAAUUAUGAGUGGGGAGUAGGCGAGCCGGCCGACCUGAUCACCUUCAAUCCAUACUUUGACCCCAGCAAGACGAACUGGGUGUUCAGAAAUGAUGUGACGGGAUACAACAAGAGUCUUGAAAUUCCACCGCGACGAUCCGCCAUCAUCACCAUCGCCCGAAUGUCGAGACGCUUGUUGAACACCAUGCAUCAAGAAACGUAUCACACCCAUCACUCCAUGUUCGCCGAGAUGUUCCCACCGACCGUGGCGUUUCACCAUGGUCUCAAGGCUGUAUAUGCACCGCACCCAGUCUAUUUCGACCGAAAGUGGCCACUUGAUACUAUGGACGUCACGUUCAACCACCCCGACUCCCCCACAGCAAGUCCCUUUGGCUGGGGCGAGCACAACAUGCUCGGAGGCAGCUUUUACUACAACUCCGGCUUCAGCGGUGCCCUUUGGCGGCGGUGGCUGGGCGCAGUCGAGAACGGCGAGGGUGGUCGCAAGUUCGAGGAGGACAACUCAGGUCGUAUGUGUUUGAGGCCGUUGUUGCAUCACCCGAUCAAGUGGGAGAAGGUGGAAUGA